UUCCUUCCAUUCCUCUCAACCAUUGCCCUUUUUAUUCAUUGUCUAAGCCCAUCCAUACCCCAUUCCAUAUCGCCCGUUCUCAAUGUCAGUCUUGCCUCAGCAAUGGCACCCCUUGAGGCGCCCAUAUCACACCCACACGUGUCGCUACCUUGGCCCACCAUGCAUACGUGCGGCGAUCACCACCACCACUCCCCAAAGAGACCUUUCUCUCAUCGAACCACACGUGCCAACAUCACCCACUUUAGCUACGACCACUCCAAGAACGCAUUCUGCCAGCGAACCUAGCCUACGUUCUACAUGGGCUCACCGAGCCUGGGUCAUGACCGGGUGCACCUCCGUUCUUGUUUCACUAGCGAAGUCCACGGUCGCAGCCACGGGUUCUGGCAUGUGGCUCGAACCAUUGCUCGCGGGCUUGCUUGGGUACGUACUAGCAGACUUCGGCACAGGUGUAUACCACUGGGCCAUCGAUAACUACGGCGAUGCAUCAACGCCCGUUUUCGGUUCCCAGAUCGAGGCCUUCCAAGGACACCACAAGUGGCCCAGGACGAUCGCACGGCGGCAAUUCGCCAACAAUCUUCACUCGCUCGCACGUGCCACAGCAUUCGUGCUUGUGCCCAUCGACUUACUGCCUAGUGAUGGGAUUGUGCACACGUUCGUUGCAGUGUGCUCGGGCUGCAUCAUGUUUAGCCAGCAGUUCCAUGCAUGGGCCCACAGUACCAAGAGCCAAUUGCCACCGUUGGUUUUGACAUUGCAAGAUGCAGGCGUGCUGGUCUCACGUGCGAAGCAUGUGGCACAUCACCGUUCCCCCUACAACAACAACUACUGCAUCGUUAGCGGCGUGUGGAAUGAGUUCUUGGAUGACCGUAGAUUUUUUGAGGCUAUGGAGAUGAUCGUGUUCUUUAAGUUCGGAGUGCGGCCACGAUCAUGGAGUGAGCCUAAUUCCAAUUGGGCGGAAGAUGGUGAUGCCACGUCAGCACAGACUGUACAUGUGUGAUCCAAUGGUGGAGCGCAAUUACACGCAUGAAAGGUCACACGAGUGGAAUAAGUGGCCCAUUUUUUGCAUGUUCGAGUUCCGUAAAUCAGCUUUUCAUGCAAAUGUCUUCAUUAAUUUUGAUUGUUCAAUAAAUGUUAAUACGAAAAUUGAUAUUUUAUUAC